AUGGCCGCUUUUUCUGCCUCGAGUCCCCCUGUGCAGCAGGGGGCGCCCUCGCACCGCUCUCUCUCUUCCCUCCCCCCCCGCAGGCAGGCGCGGGUGGCGGCGGCGCUGGCGGCGAUGCCGGCGCGGGUUCGCGCGUGGCGGGAACAGCGGGAGCGGGAGCGCGCCAAAGCGCGGGAAGCGGCCGAGCGACGACAGCGCCUCCUAGCGGCCGGAGGACCGGAGACGGGAGGAAGCCAGCGCCGAAGCGCCCGCUCCCAGGCGCUGUUGGAGGACCUGGAGCGGCAGCAGCGGAGGGAGGAGAAGCGGCGCCAACGACGGGAGCGCCAAGAGGCCAUGAAGAGCGCCCUGGCGGCGGCCGAGGAGGCGGCGGCGGCGAGGCCGCCCCCUGCUGGCGUCUCUGGAGGCUCCUCCUGACCCCCA